AAUAUGAUUGGGAGAAGACAACAGGCAUAGCCCAAAACUGUCUUCUCCCAAAUUUUUACAAAUACAAGUGUCAAAAAGAAUAAGGUUAAGAUUUCACUUUCACUUCAAAAAGUCCAAUUGUAAUAUGUGACUCCUCCAAGCAAUGAUAGACCGACUUCAAUAGUGGCUUAUUAUUUAAUUUACUUAAACUCCGUAAGACUAAAAUUCCUCUCGCUAUUUUACUUUCAAUCUUAUCCAAUUGUUCCCCCCAACCCAGCUUUUCCACCAAAAUCACUCCUAAGAAGUCCGUCGAGCUCUUGAUCACCAAUUCCGACUCUCCAAUGAAUAACUUAGGUGUUUCAUUGUGUCUCAACCUCCUACUCUGAUGGGUUUGUAGACACAUAUAAUUGGUUUUCAACAUAAAUUUAUUAUUUGCAAAAUAUUGGCACAGACUAUUCAUCUUGACAUAGGAUUCAAUUUCCAAUUUUCUUAAGUCUUGACCCUUUGUCACCAGAGUCGUAUCAUCUGCAAAAACUGGAAGAUUCUCAAUGGGUACCGAUCCUGUAACAUCAUUCACAUAGAUCAAGAACAACAAGGGGCCCAGAAUAGAACCCUGAGGGACCCCAGAAACAAUUAAUUUAGACUCGUUGCUGCCUGCUUUGAGCAGGCAACGUGGAAUAAAUAUAGUGGACAACUGUAUCUUCUCUAUGGGUUUUUGCCAACCACCCUGGACACAACUUUGGGCGAAAGCCCCACCCUACAUUAGCGUGGUCUUGUGGUGAUUUGUUGUUCUCGUUGCGUUGAUGUCAGGUCAGGAUGGCAGACUGUAGUGAGAACGAGUGGUCCAGGACAAAACUUGUGAAACUAAUUCAUCUUUAUCGCAGCAGAGAGGUUCUCUGGAAUUCAAAAUACCCAUCAUUUAAGGACAAAAUCUUGAAAAACCUAGCCUGGGGUGAAAUUGCAGCCGAGCUUGAUGUUAAUCAAUAUGAAGUUCAGAACAAGGUGAAGAACCUGCUUACCUGUUUUCGAAGAGAGGAGAAGAAACUAGAGAGAGGGGUCCCAGGCAAAUGGUGGGCGUUUGAGUCUAUGCUCUUCCUAAAAGACAAUUCAACACCAAGGAAGAUCACCGAGACUGCGAUUAGUGGUGAUGAGAGAAACGCCCAGGAGCAAGAAAGUGAUGAGCGUGACAGAGAAAUUGACAAAGGAAACCAAAACCAACUUGAGAUUUUGCUGGCUACACCUGGUGCUUCACCGUCUUCCUCCGUCUACUCCAACCCACCUGCCGCAAAGAGGAUAAAGCAUUCCGUGUUUCAAAACUCGUUUGAAUCAGGAGAGAGUUCUUUUUCAGAAACAAAUGAGUUUAGACUUUUUGGCGAGUAUGUGAGUAGUCAGGUUGAGAAAAUCCGCAGUGCAAGACAAAGGUCAAUAUUGAAACGUAAAAUAUUAAACUUACUCUCUGAUGCAGAGCUGGCGCAGGCUGAUAAUGACAGUAAUAUUGAUCUGUCAUCCAUACUAUAAAUUCUUCAGGUGAAGAAGUAUAGAUAUCAGUAACAAUCGACUGAAUCGGUCAUGUUAUUUCAGAACGAUCAAUAAAAAACUGUUCCAUUCGUAAAAAAUAAUGUAUGCCUUUGUUUAUAAUCUACUAUUUUAAGAUAGUUACUAGUUUAUUAGUUUGUAGUAUCUAUUGUUCGGCUUUACAGUUCGAAAAUAUUAUAUUUUUACUGAAAAAUUAUGGGCUGGAUUCCUAUGUUUAAUUGCAAAGCAAAAUAAUGAAAUAAUUAUUUUAUUUUUCAGAAAAAAUCAUAAUAGAAUUUUUGUAAUAAUACCAUACACAAAUAAUAACAAUUGAAAACGAAUAUUAAUGUAUCUUGAUUAAAUUACACAUAUACAAAGCUUUAAAGCUGACCGCAUAUGGGAGCAAAUGUAAAAAUUGUUUACAUAUUAUAUAAAAAGUGGCUGGACAAAAAUACUGUGUGUUUAAACAUAGAUAAAUAAAUUUAAAUCACUUUAUGAUUUUAUAAGAAAAAAUUUUCCAUGCUCAUAUUAUAUUGGAUCUGUUUACAGAUUUCUUCACAUAUCUUUUAAAUUCUUUCUUAUUGGCUCAUAGUUGAUAUUUAAUAAUAAUUUUAGGUAAUGUCAGAGGCCCUGAAAUUGAUCUGAAAUCUCUUACACUUACAGCCAGGUCUCACGAUAUUAUCCAUUAUUGUUUUAAAUAAUAAUAUUCUUUGUACACCUUGUCAUAGUGGAGUCUAUACAAGUAACUUUUGCAAAUAUAUUAACUUACUGUCAUUUAAUAUAUUGCUAUGUAUUAUCACUCACUAAUAUCAUUGUCAUCUUAUCGAUUAAGCAUACUCAUGCUCAGCUUCGAAUACUGUGAGUAGAAUAAAAUUAGAAUGAAGUGAAUUAGAAUACAUUUGGAAAACCAGAUAAAAAUCUUUCUCUGUAACUUCACUCUAACCUCAAUUAUUACCUACAGUUAACUAUAUAAUUACAAUUUAAAAAAUUGAUAGCAAAAGUUGAAGAUAUCUUUGUGCUUUUAUUGACGGAAAUAUGAAAUUUAAAAUUCAUCAACAAAGCAAUAAAAUAACUUUCCUAGAAACAUAUUAAACUGAAAAAUUCAAAGUCAAGAAAUUAUCUAGUAAUGCUGUACAUUGCACUUUUUGAUUCUAUAAUUGAAAAUAGCAUUAAGGUGUAGGAGACUAUUACAAAAACAACAUUGGUUUAUCUAAAAGUUGUUUAUUGUAAGUUGUUUAUUCUAAAACAACUUGACUUUCUAAGAAUAUAAUGCUUUGACAAUUAAGGUUGUUGAGCAUUAUGAUGAAUGUUGUUUAAUUUAUCAUACAUCAAUUCGAUUUUCUUUGCGCGAAUAACAUAGGCAAUAGCAAUUGGUAAUAUACUCUUAGGCUCAACUCACACUUAAGAGACUCGACUCUAGUCGAGAACAUGUAUUCAAAUGGUGACGUCGCGGAGACUAGAAUCGACUGGUCUGAGUGUCACCGUUUGGAAACAUAUGCUCUCGACUAGAGUCGAGUCUCUUCUCGGCCUGAGUCGCGUAAGUGUAAGUUGAGCCUUAGACUUUAGGACUACCUCAAUUAAUAUAUCAAUACUAACUUAACUAAUAACAAGGGACAGAUACUAUAACUUAGCAAUAGAACUGUUCAUGAUAUUCCUGCACAACAUUUUUUUGUGCCAAAAUAGAAACAUGAAAAAUAAAAAACAUGACAAUAUUUGGAUUAAUACUACCGGUGUGUAUUAGAGAAUAUCACUUAGGAAUCUUGAGUAGGAGAAGGAGAGGUAAUACACUUCCAUUUUCAACACCACAACUUUGAAUUGGUUUAAGCCUUCCUCUUUAUUGUACGAAUGAAGCUUUUUGAUAUUGUAUUUUUAUGUUUGUCCUGUAUAAUUGUUUUGUGAGAAAAUAAAUUCUUGUUUUCAUAAAAAA